GGUUUUCUUGGGUGUCUCUAACUUCUUUCUCCGAGUCACGAGCACACGCUUCAGACUCGGAACUGCUUCCGCUGCCCGGGCGGCGAGGCCCGGCGGUGGUGGGCGGGAUGACCGCGGCACGGACGCUGCGGGUGCCGGGCCGCCACGGCUACGCCGUGGAGUUCUCUCCGUACCUCAUGGGCCGCCUAGCCUGCGCCGCCUCGCAGCACUACGGCAUCGCGGGCUGUGGAACCCUGCUAAUAUUGGAUCAAAAUGAAUCUGGGCUUAGACUUUUUAGAAGUUUUGACUGGAAUGACGGUUUGUUCGAUGUGACCUGGAGUGAGAAUAAUGAACAUGUCCUUGUCACCUGUAGUGGUGAUGGCUCACUGCAGCUCUGGGAUACUGCCAAAGCCACGGGGCCGCUGCAGGUCUAUAAAGAACACACUCAGGAGGUGUAUAGUGUUGAUUGGAGCCAAACCAGAGGUGAACAGCUUGUGGUGUCUGGCUCAUGGGAUCAGACUGUCAAAUUGUGGGAUCCAACUGUUGGAAAGUCUCUGUGCACCUUUACAGGCCAUGAAAGUGUUAUUUAUAGCACAAUCUGGUCUCCCCACAUCCCUGGUUGUUUUGCUUCAGCCUCAGGUGAUCAGACUCUGAGAAUUUGGGAUGUGAAGGCAACAGGAGUCAGAAUUGUGAUUCCAGCCCACCAGGCAGAGAUUUUGAGCUGUGACUGGUGUAAAUACAAUGAGAAUUUGCUGGUGACAGGGGCAGUUGACUGUAGUUUGAGAGGCUGGGACUUAAGGAAUGUGCGACAACCAGUGUUUGAACUUCUUGGUCACACCUAUGCUAUUAGGAGGGUGAAAUUUUCACCAUUUCAUGCUUCUGUGCUGGCCUCUUGCUCCUAUGAUUUUACUGUAAGAUUCUGGAACUUUUCAAAGCCCAACUCUCUUCUUGAAACAGUGGAGCAUCACACAGAGUUUACUUGUGGUUUGGAUUUAAGUCUUCAGAGCCCUACUCAGGUGGCUGACUGUUCUUGGGAUGAAACGAUAAAGAUUUAUGAUCCUGCUUGUCUUACUAUUCCUGCUUGAAAUACACUGUUCUUGUCAGAAACAGGUUGUUGGCUGGAGAACUACUUCACAGCAAAUCACUAAACUAUUGAAAACAGACAUUAUACCUUGAUUUCAAAAAUUUGAAUUUACCUUGGAUCAUUUAUCAGAUAGCUGAUAAAAACUUUGGCUCUUUAAGCCUCAUAUAUAAGCCAUAUUUCUUAAAAUCCUAAGGAAUAAUUAAUGUUAUAUAUAACUCGUAUCUAUUAAAAUGUAAUCUCUAUUGUAAAAUGUAUUAAACUAUCAGAGGUCUGUCAAUUAUAUUGAUAGUAAUAUAACUAAUUUUUAAUUUAUUUCAUUUUGAUGUAAAAUAUAACACUGCUAUUCAUAAAAAUCAAAAUAAACUCCAUCUCUUAACCAUUUAUCA